CCUCCUCCUCUUCUAGACUUAGACUUCGGGGUCUCCUUCAUCGCGCCUCUCUGCUGGCCUCACCCUUCUGGCCCAAAGCAGAGGACGGCAGGCAGUCACGUUUCUGCUGCAUUGAUCCCCCAAAGAAGACUGGAUUGCUGCUGAGCCGUCCUCAACCAGUUGCAGAACUUCGUCCCCUACUCAAUAAUCGGUAUCCAGAUAGGAGUCGGCACACACACUCUCUCUCUCUUCCUCUUUUUCCUGGUGGAACGCGUGCGCAGACAGGAAUAGCCCCUCUCCGCCUUUCACCUUAUCCCACACGAAAGCCUCUUCGUUCAGAAUUCUGUUGGUUAGAUUAGCAGACAUAUAGUUACAUUUCUGAGUUGCUCAAGUCAAAGAGGCCCACAUGGAUAAGAAGAGAGUUGCUGUUCCCCUUGUUUGCCAUGGCCACUCCAGACCAGUCGUUGACUUGUUUUACAGUCCAGUUACGCCCGAUGGUUACUUUCUCAUAAGUGCAAGCAAAGAUUCUAGUCCUAUGUUGAGAAAUGGGGAAACAGGAGACUGGAUUGGCACCUUUGAAGGGCAUAAAGGUGCUGUAUGGAGCUGCUGUCUUGAUACUAAUGCCUUACGUGCUGCAUCAGGUUCAGCUGAUUUUACCGCCAAGAUCUGGGAUGCUCUCACUGGGGAUGAAUUGCACUCCUUUGAGCAUAAGCAUAUUGUUCGGGCUUGUGCCUUUUCAGAGGACACGAAACAUUUGCUUACAGGAGGAUAUGAGAAAGUACUUCGAAUUUUUGAUCUGAAUCGGCCUGAUGCAGCACCAAGAGAAGUGGACUAUUCUCCUGGUUCUGUCAGAACUGUAGCAUGGCUUCACAAUGAUCAGACUAUAUUAAGUUCUUGCACUGAUAUUAGUGGUGUUAGGUUGUGGGAUGUCAGGAGUGGAAAGAUUGUACGUACAUUGGCAACUGAGUCCCCAGUAACAAGUGCUGAAGUCAGUCGUGAUGGGCAUUACAUAGUUACUGCUGAUGGUCAUAGUGUCAAAUUCUGGGAUGCAAAUCAUUUUGGUGUGGUAAAGAGUUACACGAUGCCGUGCACAGUAGAGUCAGCAUCGCUUGAACCAAAGAAUGGGAGUACGUUUGUUGCUGGGGGAGAAGAUAUGUGGCUUCACCUUUUUGACUUCCAUACUGGCGAGGAAAUAGCAUGCAACAAAGGACAUCACGGACCAGUUCACUGUGUGCGUUUUUCACCUGGUGGUGAGUCUUAUGCUUCGGGAUCAGAAGACGGAACAAUCAGAAUCUGGCAGACAGCACCAACAGGCAUCGAUGACAAUGGCACGUGCCUAGCCAAUGGAGCAAAUGACAAGCUGAAGGUUGGUGCUGCCGAAGCUUCAGAGAGCAUUGAGGGCUUCCAUCUUUCUGGAGAUAGGCAGGUGGAAGGAAAGGCAGAUAAGCUAAACGGUGCAUAAACCAAUGAUGGUCUUUUUUGCUGUUUGAUCUUUUUGUCAUGAUCAUAUCAUUUUUUUUUAGUCCUUCAUAUUCAUCCUUAUCUACGUAUGAGCCAGCUAAAACAUUUUAGUUUGCUCUUGUAUGGGGUGUUCAAAAACCAUUUUUUGUUCAUGUUUCCCCCAUUCCACCACCUUUUCCCUCCACCCCCACCCACCACAUCUCGUUCAAAUAAUAUGGUUCCUUAUAGCAGCUGGGUGUUCAUAUAGCAAGUCUGGUAGGAAGUCGCCCGUCUGUGUAACAUUCUUUUGAUCGAUGAGAGAUCCCCUUCUCCUAUCUUUUCUA